GUACUACGGAGUGAAAUGCAGAGGACAAAAGAGGAGUGCGAGAGUGAAAUAAUGACCAAUUACCCCUUUUCAGUUUUCCCCCAAAUUGAAAAGAAAAUGCAACCUAAAUCCAAAACCAAACGUCUCGAAAACCUACGAAAACCCCCCAUUUUCAUUCACUUUUCUUCAACUCCUACUACUACAUCUUCUUCUUCUUCACUCCCCCAUUUCCCAAAUCCAAAUCAAAUUAACCCCUUUUUCUCAAUCGGAUCCCAAGUCGAAGUUACUUCCGACGAAGAAGGUUUCAAGGGUGCCUGGUAUUCUGCUACUGUCAUUCAACCUCCUCAUUCAAAGCAGAACCAACAACAGAUUUUUGUUGAGUACAAUAAUUUACUGUCGGAUGAAAAUGGUUCUUCCCUUUUGAAGGAAUUUGUUGAUUCCGAAUUCGUAAGACCUAAACCUCCUGUUGAUAAAAAUGAUAAGGUUUCUUUCGAUUUAGACGACGUUGUUGAUGCGUUUUAUCAAGAUGGCUGGUGGUGUGGUGUUGUCACUUGUAUUGUUUCGCAAAAUAGGUACAGAGUUUUCUUCUCCAGUCCGCCUGAUGAGAUAGAAUUUGAUGCUUCUGAUCUUAGGAUUCAUAAGAAUUGGGUCCAUGGCAUCUGGGUUCUCCCUCAAAAGCAGAGAAUGAGGGAUUUGAAUUUCAGCCCAGGAACAGCUGUAGAAGUGAACAUUGAUCCAGAGAGUUCUUGUGAUGUUUGGUUUCCUGCAACUUUCAUUAAACAAGCUGCUAACAACUUGUUCUUGGUGGAGUAUCAGAGGUCAAAGGAAGUUGGACUUCAAAAAGUAGCUGUAGAUUCUAAUCAUAUUAGACCUUCACCUCCUAGUUCGAGUAACAAAGUUUUCAAUUUACUGGAGAAAGUUGACGCAUUUUACGAUUAUCGUUGGUUGAGUGGGGUGGUCACCAAAAUUCUUGCAGACGGAAGGUACAUAGUUUACUUUAAGCGCACAAAAAAGGAAAAGGAACUGUCUCAUGCAGAUUUGAGGCUCCACAUGGAGUGGAGUAGUGGCAAGUGGAUUCAUUCUUCCCAGGAUUCCUCAAUGACGUCAAAUUCUGAAAAGCGUGCAAAUUAUAUUGUUAAUGGUGGUAACAAGGAGAAGACUCGCGCCCCAUCUGAAAGUGCUGGCUCGGAUAAACAUUUUAUCAUUAAUCUUAGGAGUUGUCAGAAAGAGUUAACGCCUGGCAAUGAAAAGGCCAAUUACAGCAGCGCAGCACCUAGCAGUAAAAAAUCUAAACAGACAAGUGCUAAUGGCGAUGCUAGUUAUUCCAGACCUUCAAGAAAAUCGAAUGAUGAAUCUGCAUCUGAUGUGCCUUUAUCUCCUGAAACAUGCAAAUCUAAAACGCAACAAAUAGAGGGAUCAAGUAAUGUGACUUCAGUAGAUUUUGAUUCUCCAGCACCUGGUCAUCCUGAGCAUUCUAAUUUGAAACAGUUUGAAGACAUCAGUCAGCCUUCUGAUCCUACAGAGAUGAAGGUGGACCAUGAGAAACAAUCUGCCUUGAGAAAGAGAGGAAGACCAAGAGUGCGACCUUUACUGUCAGGGGAUGCUGUUGGAGAUACUAUCGAUCAAACCCGAAAUAAAAGUGAUGAGAUGAAACCAUUUGGACCUAUAGUCAUAGGGCUGACGCAUAAUGGCAAGAUGAUUGACACUCUAGGUGAAAGUUCAAGUCAGCAAUUGAUAUUGGGGCAUAAAAAGGCUGUAGAUGAUGAAGAGAAAAACGUGGAUUCUUCAGCAGAUCAUGAAAGCGUAGUAAGCAAUGGGAGUGAGCAACAGAAAGAAGGUGAAGUCACCAAUCAGAAGAGGAAGAGAGGCCGGCCACCUAAAGUGCUGUAUAGGCUUGGUAGUCCACAGACUAAAGAAGCAGUGCCAGAAGUUGUUGAAGAGAAGAAAGAUGAAGCUUCUGAUGCUAAAGAUGACGAUGAAAGACACUUUCCAACAAAUGAAGUUGAGAAGCCUAUUACUAUUGUUGACCCUUCUGACAAUAGCAACGCUGCACCUACUGAUUUUCAUGAUAAAAGCGUGAGGAAAUUUACAGAUCAAAUUAAGUUACUAAGUGACAUACGUAGGCUGAGUACUAGAAGUACUUUAAAAAAGCAAGGGAGAAAACAAAGAAAAAUCCCAACAGAAUCAAUCAUGGUGGAUUCAGAUGAACCUGUCAAACCUGUUGCUUUGAGGACUGUAUUGAGGAAAGGAAGGAAACAGAAACCAACCAAGCUGGUUGAUCCUCAAAGAGAAGAUGUUGUAGAUAAUACAGGAAUAAAAGCCAUUGAGGUUUUUAACAAUGGAGUACCUAGAGAGUCUGACAAUGUUGUUGCUGGAACCUCCAGCAAUGCUUCUGAUGAUGAUAGGCCAUUAUCAGCCUGGUUUGAAGGAGCACAUUCUCCCACAACGGAUGCAAGAAUCCCUCCGGGUGGGACUGCUAAUCAAUCUGGUGAGAGUGGAGAUGGAGGAGAAGAAUUGAAGACAACACCUGUUGGUCUCUUUGAAGAGAAUGAACAAGAUAAUAGGUGCACUUCAGCUGAAAAUGUCAGCCAAGAGCAAUACAAGAAUUUCGAAAUGCCAAUUCAAUCACAGUCCACUGCAAUUGUGCCUGUGGAAAGUCGAGACUUGCCCUUUGUAAAGAAUUCCCUUAUCUGGGAGAUGAUAGAGAACAUGGAAGUUUUGAAGCGAAUUCCUCAAAAGCCGCAUUUCUACCCUUUGUAUAAUUGCAAGGAAGAAUGUCGUGAAGGAUUAGCCAUAGGCAGUAUGGUAACUUUCACCAGUUUGGUGGAGAGAAUAUCAAAAUCUCUUUUUAGUGAACCCAAAAGCCUCUUGGAUGGGUAUCUGGAAGCUCUUGUUGACUUGGAAGAACUAGGAUUUGAUGUAGCACUGGUUAGAGAGCAAUUAAACAAGAUGAUAUCCAUAAAAGGCAAGUACGAGCAUGCUCAAAAUACGACUAAAGAGAUUGAGAGUCAGAUCAUGGAGCGUAAUUUUGAGAAGUCACAAAUCAAUGAGGAGGUUGCAGAGUUAGAUAAGAAGAUUGCAGAACUAAAGGAGAAACGGGCCUUAGUAGUUUCAAAGAGAGAGAGAAAGGAUGCUGAGAUUGCAUUGCUGCAGACGAGUGUAAAUGCUGUCAAGGGUGCCCUUGAAAGUGCUGAAGAGGAGUUCGAGAAAGUAACUACCUCACUUUGGUAAACAUUGUUCGCUUGUAUACAUCUUUGUAACUCUUGUGUGUACAGAGCAUUAGCGGGUCUAGCUUGUAGUGCUAAAAUCUGAGUAGGUCUAGGAAGUAGUGAAAGACAAGGAAAAAGAAAAAGAAGAGGGUUUCAUCUAUCUUGGCAAACUUGAGGUGGCCAAUGUUAGAAUUGCUCUAUGUGCUGCUGCAAUAUCGCAGUCGGAAUUUGUUGUUUGUAGUGCUGUGACUGCUGUCUACAGGAUCAGCUAUUAUACCUGUUUGUAUUAGACAAAGUUAUCUUGUUACUGCUUAAAUUGAGCAUCCUAGGUUGCAUUGCAUGAACCUGGUGGUUGAAGGCCUAUUCUUAUGAUCUUUAAUUA